UAGGUCUAUAGGCUUCAUUACAGCCGCUCACAAAAUAAACACCAAAUCUCCAACUUGACAGAAGACUGAACACUAACAAGUCUUCCUUUGCUCAAAAACACAAAGAAUUAUACUUAAUUUCAGCAUUUACCCUCCCAAUCCAGCCCAAGAGAAGCAUGCUGGGAAAUCCUACACCCAGUUUCAGUCAUUGCCAACCAAAUUUAUUUAUGUAGCUCCAACAGAAAAAGACAAACCAAACUAAUUUGAGUGCAUGUUUAUCCGUUUAUCAAACCCAUGACAACACUAGCUAAUCCACAAGACCAGAAGCACUUUUGACCCUGACAUGGUAAUUAUGAUCACAAUGGUACAUUUUGUUCGCAGCAUUCUUCUAAAGAGAGCCGGUCACUGAGGAGAUUGACGUGUGAUGGGACUGGCCUGCUUUCCUCUAAACCCUGUAAGUCCACAAGUGCCGUUUGGUGUGGUAAGUUGCCGACUCCAAUGGGAACGGUGGCAUUCCUCUUGGCUUAAACACACCAAUACUGCAGUUCAGAGCUCCAUUUGUCUUUUGUGUUUUUGCUCCAGAAAUAAACGAUGAUGAGACUGAAGGGAAGAGAAAGGGAGGGAAACUGCCAGAUCACCCAGAGAGGCCGGGCAGGAUGGCCCGUACCUGAGUGCCUACGCUUCAACCAGAUCUUCUGUGAGUCAUCCUUCAGUUUCGUCCUUCAGAGCAAAUGUUUCUUUCAGGAAUUUCUCCAGCAUUCUGAUGUUUUCUCUUCACAGAAAGUGCAGGACUGAAGCUUGUUUGGAGGUUAAAUGGUCAACACCUGCACAAAAGAUGAUUAAUUUGGCACGCAUUCAUGAUAAAUACGGGCUGAAGAAGUUUUGGGAGGAGAAGAUUGAAAGCCACGUUCAGAGGACGGGAAAUGAGGACUCAAGAAUGAAGAACAGCGCUUUAUCAAAGUUACGUGAAGAGUGGGUCCAGAGGCUUCAAUUCCGGAACCAACACGUGAUCGAGACCAUGAGAGAGGAACAAAUAAGAAGAGCUCAGAGGGUUCAAGGGAUUUUAAGAGUUUAGACGUCAGCAUGAAAACUAAAAGCACUUCUCUAAAGCAUUUUACAUUCAUUAUACAAAAGCUGUCACUGGAACGGUUACCCUUUAAAAAGGUUCUAAUAUUUACACUUUUGUUAUAUACUUUUGAUGUACUAAUAAUAUGCACUCUUUAGGUACAAAGGUAUACCUUUUGAAAAGGUACCACCCCAGUGACAGCUUUUACCUUUUUUCUGAGAUUUAUAUCUGUAUAAAAGUCGGUCUAUUUCUUUAACUUAACUAAAUAGUUUUCUGAUGUAGUGUUUGAGUCAGAAAGAUGCUGUUGCAGACAUGCAGGUACCAUACCACUAAAUGUGAUCUUUCCUUCCGGCGUCUGUCUUUCAUAUAAGGCUCAUUGGGUUACAUAAUACAUUCUUACCGAUUUUUAUUUUUAUUAAAAUGUAAGUAUAAUUAU